AUGCUGCGCAAGCCGCCGUCGCUCCACCAGGCGAGCUCAGGGUUAGGGAUGACGACAAGCUUGAGCCCCCAUGCCGCCGGAAUGCGUGGUCCAUCACAAGGUCAAGGUGCCUUCACCCCGUUGUCUCAGUUAACCCUCGGAUACCACGGUUGGAGGAGCAGAGUCCGGGUGCGCGUCUCCAGGAUUUGGGUGGCCUCCAAUCCAAAUACUGGCGAGGAAUACGGUCUCCGCUGCCUCCUGGUCGACAGCGAGUUAUGCAAGCGUGUGCGCGUCCCUGGGUCGGAGCGACUCAAACACCAGCUAGUUGAAGGGAAGGUCUACGCCUUGUCGAAUUUCGGAGUACGCGAAAAACUGGACAAGUACAUGGCCUGUAGCAAUGGUUUAGUAAUUAGCAUGGGAGCACAGACAGUGGUGAACGAGACAACCGAUCAUACCGGUUCUUCGAUACCUCUCCAUGGCUUCGAGUUUGUUGAUUUUGGUGAUCUUCCAUCUAGGAACAAUGACAGGAGCUUGCUUACGGGUAGAUGUUUUGGGAACUGA